AUGGAACCAGUGUGGAAAACUACAGUGGCGAUGCGAGAUUCGGAAAAAGAGGCACGCAACUUUUACGCAGAUCCCAUUCGCCUUGAUUUAAAUGAGUUUGUGGAAAUGAUGCUUCUUGACAGUUGCUUCAUCAUCCAGUUAUUUCACAAGUUUCUGAAUAUGGAACUCCGAAAGGAUGACCCCAUUUUCCAAUUGGCACAUAUUAAAUCGAGCAUAAGGGGUGAUUUAAUGUUAUUUGAAAAUCAACUUCCAUUCUUUGUCCUCAUGAAGUUGUUCAACAUGCCCCAAAAUUUUGCAGCCUCACUAAACAACUUCGUUCACAUGUCCCGUGCAUUUUUCAAAGCGGCAAAACUGUGUGUACUUUCAGUGCCUUCUGUUGGAGAUCUAGAGAAACUUGACAUCAAACAUCUUCUAGGCCUGUUGCAUUAUUGUUGUUGCUCUGAAUUUCAUUCAAUGGCAUCCCAAAAUGUUCCAAUAAAAGAAAAGUUCCUAAAGUCUUCGACAGAGCUCCAUGAAGCUGGGAUCAAAUUCGAGAAGGAUGAGGAAGGGAGUUUGUUCAACAUAAAGAAUUAUUUCACUGUAUAUGUGAACUUCAUGGAUUUCCUCGUGAACUCCUCAGAAGAUGUCGAAAUACUGAGUCACCAUGGAAUUAUUCAUAACCUUUUAGGUGACAAUGCGGUGUUUUCCACUGUGUUGAGCAAGCUCGGCAACAAUAUCGUGAUACCUUUUUUGGGUUACCCUGAAGUUUAUAACAAUGUGAACAAGCAUUGCAAGGAGAGUUGGAACUGA